GUGGUGUGGCCCCUCCCCUCCCCUUCCCUUCGCCUCCACUCCGGCAUUCCGCGCUCGAGAUUGGGAGAGAGAGAUGGCGCUCGUCCGGCGCCUGCGAGGCAUCGCCCUCGCCGCCGCGGCGGUGGCUCUCAUGGUGCAGAUUGUUUUUCUUGUGCCUCCCACAAGUGCUCAGCAAUCUAAUGGCACUUCAAGGGUACCUGCAGAAGGAUACUGUUCCAUGUACGGUAUUUGUGCCAAACGAAGUGAUGGGAAGGUCUUGAACUGUGUGAAUGCAACCAAAGCUGUUAAGCCAGACACUUUGUUUUCUACGAGGAUUCAGAGUUUGUGCCCAACUAUCACUGGUGAUGUCUGUUGUACGGUAGAUCAGUUUGACACAUUACAUCAACAGGUGCAACAGGCUAUUCCAUUUCUUGUUGGAUGCCCGGCAUGCUUGAGGAAUUUCUUGAAUCUCUUUUGUGAAAUGUCUUGUUCCCCGAACCAAAGCCUCUUCAUUAACGUGACUUCCGUAAAACAGGUUAAUAACACUAUGACUGUUAAUGGCAUAGAUUACUAUGUAACAAGCAACUAUGGUGAAGAGCUAUACAAAUCCUGCAAGGAUGUUAAGUUCGGUACACUGAACACACGGGCAAUGGAUUUCCUAGGUGGUGGUGCUAAAAAUUACAAAGAUUGGUUUGCAUUUCUUGGGCGCCAGGCCAACGUUAAUGAGAUUGGUUCACCUUAUUUGAUAACAUUCCCAUCCGAUAUUAGUGGUAUGUCUUCAGUGAAGCCACUGAAUGCUACAAUUUAUUCUUGUGGGGAUCCAUCUUUGGGCUGUUCUUGUGGUGAUUGUCCCUCUUCUUCUGUUUGCACGGGAUCCUUGUUGCCUCAGCUGAACACAGAAACCUCCUGCUCAGUUAAAAUGGGUUCUCUUAAGGCCAAAUGCUUGGACUUCUCACUGGUGGUUGUGUACCUUGUGUUAUUGGGCAUAUUUUUAUUUUGGGCAUUUUUACACAGAACACGAAGAACAAAACCAUUGAAAAAUGCUGAAGAUAAGCUCCACUCAAGCAACAAUGGCAAGAUUCCUGGUAGUUCCGCCCAGGUAUCUGAAGUUGCAUCCACUCCUGUCCAAUCAGCCCAUCCUUCUGUUAUUCAAACUUACAUGUCAACUUUCUUUAGGAAGCAUGGGAUUUUUGUAGCUAAGCAUCCUCUUCUUGUGUUAUUUGUAUCCUUGCUUGUCCCUACCCUAUUAUGCAUUGGUCUAGUUCGUUUCAAGGUUGAAAUACGACCAGAGAAGCUUUGGGUUAGUUCUGGAAGUCGGUCUGCUGAUGAGAAGCAAUAUUUUGAUAGUCAUCUUGCACCAUUCUAUAGGAUCGAGCAGCUUGUGUUAGCCACUUCUGAAUCUGGUGGGUCUGAAGCUCCUACAAUAGUAAAUGACAACAAUAUGAAAUUACUUUUUCAGAUUCAGAAAAAGAUUGAUGAUCUGCGUGCAAAUUAUUCCGGGUCAACAGUAUCACUUGCUGACAUCUGCUUAAAGCCGCUUGGUACAGACUGUGCUUCUCAAAGUGUUCUGCAGUAUUUCCAGCUGGAUCCUAAAAAGUAUGAUGAUUUGGGUAUAGACCAUGCUAAGUUUUGUUUUCAGCAUUAUACUUCUGAAGAGAAAUGUUUGAGUACUUUUCAGUCUCCUAUUGAUCCUAGUACCAUAUUAGGUGGUUUUGCAGGAAACAAUUUUACUCAGGCUUCUGCAUUUGUAAUAACAUAUCCUGUGAACAACAAGGUUGAGACAACAGGACAGGAGAAUGGGAAAGCCAUAGCUUGGGAAAGGGCGUAUGUCAAUCUCGUUAAGGAAGAAAUACUGCCAAUGGUACUAGCGCAGAAUCUUACAUUAUCCUUCUCAUCUGAGAGUUCUAUCCAAGAUGAAUUAAACAGAGAAAGUACAGCUGAUGCAAUUACAAUAGUGAUUAGCUAUAUUGUGAUGUUUGCCUACAUAUCAUUCACUCUUGGAGACCGUCCUUCUCAUUUGCUGUCACUAUUUAUUUCAUCAAAGGUACUUCUUGGCUUGUCUGGGGUUGUUCUGGUGAUGCUUUCAGUUCUAGGAUCAAUGGGAUUCUUCAGUGCAAUUGGUGUGAAAUCAACUCUAAUCAUAAUGGAAGUAAUUCCAUUUCUAGUAUUGGCUGUCGGUGUGGACAACAUGUGUAUCCUUGUGCAUGCUGUCAAACGCCAACCAGAUGGCUUUGACUUGGAAGAACGGAUAAGUACUGCACUGGUCGAAGUUGGACCAUCCAUUACAUUGGCCAGUUUGGCUGAGGUUUUAGCUUUUGCUGUCAGUGCAAUCAAUCCAAUGCCUGCCACCAGAGUAUUUUCCAUGUUCGCUGCAUUGGCGGUGCUUCUGGAUUUCCUUCUCCAAGUUUCAGCCUUUGUGGCCCUCAUUGUACUUGAUUUCAGGAGGGCUCAAGAUGGCAGGAUUGAUUGUGUGCCUUGUGCGAGGGUUAAAUCGAAUGUUGUUGCUUCUAAUGGUGGUAAUCACCAGGGGCUUCCAUUGCUUGCACGAUACAUGAAGGAUGUCCAUGCACCAAUUCUUGGUUAUCGGGCAGUGAAGUUUAUUGUGAUUGCUGUGUUCGUAGGAUUUUCAUUUGCAAGCAUAGCAUUGUCUACUAGACUGCAACCAGGAUUGGAGCAGAAAAUUGUUCUACCACGAGAUUCCUAUUUACAGAAUUAUUUUGAUGAUCUUGCAACAUACAUGAAAGUUGGCCCACCACUAUAUUUUAUCGUGAAGAACUUCAAUUAUAGCUCUUUAUCGGAACAUACAAACCAGAUAUGUUCAAUCAACCAGUGUAAUUCAAAUUCUCUUCUAAACGAGAUUGCAAAACAAUCAUUAUCUCCCGAGACAAGUUACAUUGCUAAACCUGCUGCUUCAUGGCUCGAUGAUUUCCUAAUAUGGAUGUCUCCUGAAGCAUUUGGAUGCUGUCGGAAAUUUGUUAAUGGAAGUUAUUGCCCACCAGAUGAUCAGGCUCCAUGCUGUCAACAUGAUCAAGACUCAAGCUCAUGUAGUUCAAGUGGAGCAUGCAAUAAUUGUACAACGUGCUUCCUACGAUCAGACUUGCACAAUGGACGCCCAUCCACUACUCAAUUCGAAGAGAAACUUCCAUGGUUUCUCGAUGCACUUCCAUCAAGUGAUUGUUCUAAGGGUGGGAAAGGAGCCUAUUCUACAAGUUUGGACCUUAACGGGUACGAAAGUGGCAUUAUAAAAGCAUCAGCAUUUCGAACAUACCAUACUCCCCUCAAUAAACAGAGUGAUUAUGUUAAUUCAAUGAAAGCUGCACGGGAUUUCAGCUCUAAAAUGUCCAGAGAUUUACAGAUGCAAAUUUUCCCAUAUUCAGUAUUUUAUAUAUUUUUUGAGCAAUACCUGGGCGUAUGGAAGAUGGCUAUCAUGAACAUAUGUGUUUGCCUUGGUACAGUGUUUGUUGUUUGCUUCAUAGUCACAAGCAGUUUGUGGGCUUCGAUAAUCAUUUUAGUAGUGCUGGCCAUGAUAGUUCUGGACUUGAUGGGAGUAAUGGCUAUCCUCGGCAUUCAGCUCAAUGCAAUUUCUGUUGUAAACCUUGUUAUGUCAAUAGGAAUUGCUGUUGAAUUCUGUGUUCAUAUCACACAUGCCUUCAUGAUAGGCACUGGGAAUAGAGAAAACCGUGCAAGGCAGUCUCUAUCUACAAUGGGGGCUUCUGUAUUCAGCGGAAUCACCUUGACCAAACUUGUUGGAGUUAUUGUCCUACGUUUUGCAAAAUCCGAAGUUUUUGUGGUAUACUAUUUCCAAAUGUACUUGGCGCUUGUCAUAAUAGGCUUUCUGCAUGGCCUAAUCUUCUUGCCGGUUGUUCUUAGUUUAUGUGGCCCCCAUUCAAAGGUGAUGAGGCCAAUCGAACACAGUCAACCUUCAGGUUCGUCCGAGUAAAGUUGAUAAACAGGAGAAUUCGCUCGAUUGAACAUCAGUGCAUCAGAUAUGGAUCCAUGGAAAUCGGUAUUUCUGGGACUCAGACUAUCCAUGUUACCACGUAGUCAUCUCUCUCCUGAUGCGGAGUAGCAGUGCAGUGUACAGUACUUCUAGAGGUGGAAGUCAUUUUUAUUGUUAUACCUAGUUUCAUAGGAAAAGGUUGUAAAUUAGUUAAGCUCAGUUUACAGAACUACUACUAGAUUAGAUAGAAUUUCCACAUGGAAAAGGGGAUUCAGCGGGGUGGCCCAUUGUGUAGCUUAUUCCCAGCAGCAGUUUGAGCUGGUUCGUUCGUUCGGUGCAUCUGUGACUUGCGUUGUAACGAGAACCAGAGAACACAAAUGAGUUUGAGAGAUGCUUAGCUUUUUAUGGAUUCACGCGUUCUGUAGCAGUGCGAUGUACAAACUUUUUUUUUUUUUGGUACCAUACAAACUUGUUGCUUUGGUCCAUCACAACCGUCACCAAUGGGGGUAACUGUGUUCGCAGUUACUUGUGUUUUUUUAGGCCAGAGGAAUUCUGGAGUAACUUAACU